AUUUUGGUUGGAACAAAUCUGGCAACGGUUAUGCAUUGUUUAUAUUAAAAAAGUUUUGCAAACUUAACCAGGUGUAUGACUAUGUUAGCAAUUUCUUUGCGGACCGAUUUCUUUAAAAUAGUAUGUUUUAAGCAGUAUAAUUAUCCUUUAAGAAUUGCGUCAUAUGGACGGCGAAAUGGAAUUUCCAAUUUCUCUACGUGCAACUCUUUACAGACUGGAACACCACCAGAAAAUGAAGACAAACCACCUCCAAGAAAAUAUAAAACUCCAGUUGAUUGGUUGCCUUUUGAAUGGCACAGACGACCAAUGUUUAAUAUAUUUGAAAAAAGUGGUGAUUUGGUAAAACAUAUCGAUUUUGAUCCAAACUGGUGCAAGCCUGAUUUUGAAUUAUCUGAGGAAUUAAAAUCUGCUGAUGACCAAAUCAAGAAAAUCUUCAGUCUUUCUACUGCUUCAAAGGGAGAAGUAAAAGAAGUUUACCGCAGAAAUUUAUUAAAGAGAAUACAGCGACACCCUCAGGAUUUUGAUUCCCUAGAAGUUCAGAUUGCAUUAAAAACUUUGCAAGUCAAAUCUUUAUUUGAACAUAAAAUACUUAAAAAGGAGGAUAUUAGAGGUGGUCGAAUCAUAUUACCAAUCAUCAUACAGAAACGCAACAAGCUCUUAAAUAAACUUAGAAUCAUAGAUAAUGAGAGGUUUUGUUGGCUGUUGAAAGAAUUACAAUUGGAAUAUAGUCCAGAGCCAUUGCGAUUCCAUUUAGAAAAGUACUGUAAAAAGUGGGAUCUUCGACGAUUAACAAAAGAAUACUGUGAGAGGACGAUUGCUGAUAAAAAGGCUGCUUAUCAUGAAGCAUUAAAAGAACAGCAGCAGGCUUUCUUAAAAGAAAAAGAAGAAAUCUUAGCGUGGAUUGAAAAAGAAGAAAAAGAAUUAAAUAAUUAAGGAAAAAAUAAUAAAGUGUGUAAAUUACUAUAUGUUGUGGGUAACAUAUUUUGUUUUAAAAAACGUAGGAAAAAAAAUUUACAUAAACAUAGAUACAUGAUAGUAAAUGUCAAAUAGAUUAUUGAAAUUGCAAAAAUAAAGUAACUACAUUGAAUCCUU